UGCUGAUAGGUUGCUAUGAAUAGUAGCUGCAGACUGUGUCACUGAAGGGCAAAGUAUUUGGAAAUGGAAACAAAGUUGUUCACACUAGCACUUUACUGGCUCUAGCCCUGUAACAAACUAUGCUAGGGGGGAUCCAAUCUCCAGCUGUCCGAUAAAGAGAAGUGCAUUUUUCCCACAGACAAACAGCUGAUUCCUUCUAGCCGCCUGCACUGCUACCAAGGAGAAUGCUUGCACACAGCAAUGCACAGGACCUCAUUCUGCAACAGACAAGCAGUGAUGGUGAUCCCCGCACAAACCCAAGGCAAACAGGUAAAAGAGAAGGAUGUGGGGCUUUUAUUCUUCUUUCAUCAGUGAUUGCUGCCGUAAGUGGACUGUUGGUAGGCUAUGAGCUCGGAAUCAUCUCUGGUGCCCUUCUUCAGCUCCAGAGUUUAUUAGAACUGACCUGUCAGCAGCAAGAAAUAGUCGUGAGCGCAUUACUGAUUGGAGCUUUUGUAGCGUCACUUGUUGGGGGAUCCCUUAUAGACUUGUAUGGCCGGAGAAUCACAAUCAUUUUCACUUCCAUAUUACUUGUUUUUUCAAAUCUUCUUCCAGUUGUUAUUGUUUCCUAUGGAAGCCUCAUUGCUGGACGCAUUGUCAUUGGAGUCUCCAUUUCUUUAUCUGCCAUUGCAACCUGUGUUUAUAUUGCAGAGAUUUCCCCCCAGCAUAAAAGGGGUAUGCUAGUGUCUUUAAAUGAACUCAUGAUUGUUGUAGGCAUCCUUUUUGCUUAUAUUUGCAAUUAUUUAUUUGCCUCUGUUAGCAAUGGCUGGAAGUAUAUGUUUGGCCUCAUAAUUCCAUUAGCAGCAUUGCAAGCAAUUGCAAUGUAUUUUCUUCCUCAGAGCCCUCGGUUCCUAAUCAUGAAAGGAUAUGAUGAUGCUGCUGGUAAAGUGCUUCAGAAAUUAAGGGCAACUACAAACAUAAGUGAAGAACUAACUGCCAUCAAGUCUUCUAUAAAAGCAGAAUAUCAGUACAGAUUUUUGGACCUAUUUUGUUCCAGAGACAAUAUGAGAGUUCGCCUGUUAAUAGGCUUAACUUUAAGUUUUUUUGUCCAAAUUACUGGUCAGCCAAACAUUUUAUUUUAUGCAUCUACUGUCCUAAAGUCAGUGGGAUUUCAAAGCACAGAGGCUGCCAGCUUGGCAUCCACUGGCAUUGGGGUUAUCAAGGUUGUCAGCACAAUACCAGCAAUAAUUUUUGUGGAUAAAAUUGGAAGCAAAACUUUCCUCUGUAUUGGAUCUGCAGUAAUGGCCGUGUCAUUAGUAUCAGUUGGCUUAGUAAGCCUACAACUAGAUGUGAAUUUUAACAAUAUUUGUAAAGUCCACACAAUGCAAAAUCAUUCACUUCAGGAUUCCAUUAUUUAUGGGCCACUGUCUUUAUCUAAACCUAAUGAGUCUCUGUUUGAAGAAACAAGCACAUUGGAAUCAACCAAAGCAUCUUACCUCAGUCCACUAAAUGGGACCAAGUCGUGGCACUUUACUACUCAGGAGGUGGAUAGUUCAAUUGGAGUCACUCCUAAAGAAACUAAGAUCAAGUCACAACCUGAUGGGAUUCCUGAAUACAUGAAGUGGCUGUGCUUGGCAAGCCUACUUGCCUUUGUAGCUGCAUUUUCUAUAGGUCUUGGACCAAUGGCUUGGCUGGUGCAAAGUGAAAUCUUUCCUGCAGGAAUCAAAGGUCGGGCCUUUGCAAUAACAAGCAGCAUGAACUGGGGCAUGAAUCUCCUCAUUUCCCUUACUUUUCUCACACUGACUGAGAUUAUCGGGCUGCCUUGGAUGCUUUUUGGCUACGCGUUGAUGAGUAUUGCAUCACUGGUGUUCGUUAUAAUGUUUGUCCCUAACACUAAGGGACGCCCACUAGAAGAAAUAUCAAUGGAAUUAGCAAAUAGGAGCUACGUCUGUAAUGCUGUUUGCUACAGUCGCCGUGGUAAAAGGAAACUGACACCGAUGGCGCUGAUACAGAACUCUGCUUAGUUCUUUUCCAGAAAUCUGAAGGGGUUUAAUAGAUUAAAAAGCCCCAUGCUGUUUGCCUCCUACCAACUAUUGGUAGUAAGAAGUUACUUUUUCAUCCUCAUGUGUAGUUCCAAAACUGAAAUGCUGCUAGUUUAAUAAUGGAACACUACCAUAGAAAAUUCUGUAUGUACCAGUAUUUUAAAUGAUCAUCUUGAAUGUAUAUCCUUCCGACCAACCUAGAAAUCAGUGCUUAAAUUGGCCUUAUGUUUAAUCAGAGUACCUAGGAACUCAAAUAACCUACCUCAUUUUUAUGUAUGUACAAGUAAUACAUAAAAAAUGUAACUGCAAUAAACCUGCACAUGGUCAGUCACUUGGAGGUCUCUCCUAGCCUAGCACACAUCUGAGUGAAAUGACUGUAGAAGUGGUUCCAUUUGUUUAGACUCUUACUUAAUCAUACAGAAAGAAGGCGAAUCCAAUAUAUACACCUGUACAUAUAUACAUCAAUGAAUGUUUUAAAAGACAUGUCAAGUACUUCCCUAGCUCUUUUUGCACCAUUCAGCUAAACAGAACCUUAACCCUAACCCUGACAACACAUUUUUGUUCACAAUUUAUGCAUUUUAAAAAGGUUUUCUCAAAUUGCCAUGUUUUUUUAUUCAGUUUGGUAGUCUGAUAAAUCAUUCAGGAGGUUAAUUACUCGAGAGCAUCCCUAAAUGACAUAUAGGCAUGCUUGCAUAUUUGCACGCACAUACAAUGUAUGCACCUUAAUGAACUUAAACUUUACUGCGUGUUUGUUGCCUUUUGGUGACAUCCCUCCCUUUAGAGCAGGAAAAUGGUUCUGAGAUUUUAAAACAAUGGUAGGGUUUGAGACAUGAAUAUGAUAGAUCUCUGUAAGGCAACUAUUUAAAUCCUUUUAAUAGUCUCUGUUUGUAGUAUAUGCUUUUUUUAUGUUCCAUAUUAUAGAAUUGUAGGUUUAUGUAGUUCACUGAUUUAUCUUUUGAAUAAAUUCCAACUGUUUUUUUUGUUUUUCUUGGUUGUAUUAUUUGUACAGAAUUUAGUUUUUUUAAAUGUUUGGAAUGUCAGGAAUAAAAAAGAUACAAAUUAAUAAAGCUACAGUUAUACAAACUCAA